AAAUAAACAUUCAAUUACAUCACAUUGUAUAGUAAUGAAAAUUAGUCUCUCAACAGCUCCUUGGCAUCACUAUCACUGUUUGACAUAAACAAUGAGAUAAUACUACAUUUGCUUGAUUAUGAUAAAUAGGUUUUUGAUUAAGGGCGGUUUGUGUUUUAGUGUUGUUAUGGUGUUCUGUCUCCGUUGUAUAAAUUCUAAAGACAUUCGAAUGAAAAAUACACACAGAGACGCCACACAACUGCCAAAAUACCACAUAAAACAUCAUUCAGUUUUAUCUAUCUAUAAUCAAUAGAAUAGCUCUCUCAGUAGCUCCCCCAAUAUUGAGUAUGAUUACAUCCCUAAAUAAACUGUCAUGAUAGAUCCAUGUACGUCGGAAAAACAAAUCACUUUCUCAGUUGCAUUUCUUUGUCGAAAAUGGAAAUAAGUAUGUAAAGCAGUGUCAUCGUUUAUUUUGGCUUGUUCCCUAUGCGCGACCGGUACCACUGCGUACACCGAGGGGGGAACGCAGAAUUUACAAAAACACUGUUGACAAACAAUAGACGAUAAAACGCUAAUAUAUAAGGCGGGUUUAAUAUAAGUGCGUGUUAUGAAGUUAGUAACUGUUACGCCGUUUUAAAUAAGUAAGAUGUAUUGUAGAAACGUAUGUUUAUGACACCCCUCUCUGUCCAGAAAACGGUACGCGCCAUUUUUCCCUGCCUCACACUUGCCACAUCGUUUGCUGCUCCGCUGUCUUUCAUUGUGAUAUACCCGGUUACACUAAAUACUGUCAGUCUCUUGUGUGGCUGAUUGGGGACAGAAUAUGAUAUUAUUUUCGUCUACAUUUCGGAUAGGUGUGGUUAUAUGAAAAUGACACGUUUUUAAACCGGAGUCGGGCGGUGGGAUUCAUUUAAAUGAUGUCCUGUCAUGUCGGCGUCUUCACAGAAGAGCGAAUGAAACGUGAUCUGGAGCGCGAGAGUGAAGGACAAAACACGCAUCUUUAUUUCCGCUGAUGAGCAUCUCAACAUUGAAAUCAAAAUCGACAUUUAUUCCCAGCGAUAUAUCUCUUUAAAGAACGAUGGGAAGGCCAUACAUAAGGAUAUAAAACAGCACAACUUUAAGACUUGGAAUUAAUUAAAGACGUCAUCUCUUCAAAAAAAGUGACAUGAAAUUUUAAUAAUUUGCAAAUAUAUUUUUUAAUAGUUACUUUGCCUUAUUAUUAUUAUAUUUUUUUAAAUGUCUUGUUUUCCAUUGUUGGGCACUGAAGAAGAAUAGAAAUUUAGGAACUAUAAAUGGCAUGAAAUUUUCACUUUCGCUCUUGCCACAAACUACUGUAGAUCAAUAUUUAAUUGAAGAUUUAUAAUGUUGGACUCGAAGAUGAAGGACGUGUGUCGCAUCUGUGCAAGGGAGUUGUAUGGUAACCAGCGGCGAUGGAUCUUCCACCCAACGGCCAAGCUGAGUCUGCAGGUGCUGCUGUCCUACGCAUUGGGCAGGGAAAUGACCCGAGACGGCAGGGGAGAGUUUGCCUGCAGCAAGUGUGCCUUCAUGCUGGACCGAAUGUACCGCUUCGACACUGUGAUCGCCAGGGUGGAGGCCUUGUCCGUCGAACGGAUGCAGAAGCUCUUGUUGGAGAAAGACAGGCUCAGACAGUGCAUUGGUGGACUGUACCGCAAAAACAACGCUGAUGAUUUUGGACUGGAUAGCGGUGCUGCGGACUCUUCUGUAGCUGACCUGUCCAGGUUUGCUGAAUCUGAAUACACUGCUCUACUGCAGGAAGAUCUGACAUACUCUAUCUAUGAGUCCUGGGCUGAGCAAGGCGCUCAAGAGCAGGUUCAAGACCACCAAUGCCCUGUUCACCAUCAAUGCCAUGCGGCAGCUGACGCCACUUCAGGUCCUCGUCCCAGGAAGUGCAAAGGGUGCGCUGCACUGCGAGUGGCAGAUUCAGAUUAUGAGGCUGUCUGCAAGGUUCCCAGGAAAGUGGGUCGGAGUACUUCCUGUGGGCCCUCCACCCGGUGCUCCGGUAGUGUUCUGGACAGCGCUGAGGAAACCGUCCCAUCUGCUCCUCCACCAGAACCUGAACCUGUUGAGAACAACCAAACUCACCGCCCCAGUGAUCCAGAGCCUGUGGACGUAAGUCCUGCCUCCUCUGUGGAGUCUUUGGACACCGCUGUAGAUGUCACCCAAGGGUCUUUUCCAAAAGUCCAUCCUAACACCGUGCAGGGAGAGUCUGAAGAGGAACGAUCUGCUAUCAAGAGGCCUGGUUCUGUGUGUGGACUUGAUGUGGCUCUCAGCUUGCUUAAAAGCUUUGAAUAUCACCCUCUCCAGAGUCCCAGAGGUAGUCGAAUUCCUGUACUCCUCAAACCUAAUGCUACACCCAUGGAGAGUCCUUACCCUCUGCUACAGGUGCCUCCCAUUGGGAUAGAGUGUCCCAUUUCUCCCCAUCUUCCAGAUGCUCCAUCCGGCAUCCAGCAGGAGCUUCAGUUUGAGUUGGCAGAAAUGGAAGACCUGUGGUUGGAUGAGUAUGUGCAGUGCAAGCCGUUGGGCCUUCAGAAGAGGUUGAUUGAGGAGCAGCAGUGUCAGCUGGGAGAGUAUGAGAAUGCAGCGGGUCAGUGUGUGAGCGAGCUGCAGAAGGCCCAACAGCAGGUCCAGUCUCUCCAGACCAAGAUCCGAGAAAGCGAGGCCAGUAAUAAGAAGUUACAACAGAGGCUCGGGGACAUGGAAGGUGAACUACGCUCUCUCAGAGAAGCAGCAUGUGGUCAGGAGAGAACAAUACAGACUUUGAGUGACUCACUUAACACUAAAGACUGUGAGAUUACUGAUCUCCACCUGCUUAUUGAAGAACAGAAGGAACUUCUGCGCUCCCUGAAGCAACAGAACAACGAUUACCAGCUUCAGCAGCAGGUGUCUGGAGUGGCUCCGAGUCGUCUGCAGGCUGAUAUGUUGGACCUCCAGGGCUCUUUGUUCUCAGCCCAGCUGGAGCUGCAGGGCCUUCAAAGGGCACAGCAGCAGGGCCAGAGGCGAGAAGAAGACCUGGCUCGUGCAAACCAGCGCCUGCAGGCUGACCUGCAGAGAGCCCUGCAACAGCAACAAGAGGGAGAAAGACACAACCAGGAUCUACAGGCUGCUCUAGAGAAGGCUCGCCUUGAGGUACAACAAAUGGAGGAGAAAUGGAGAAACGAAUUGAGACAACGAGAGAAAGAGGUUGAGGAAAGAGAGAGGACCAUCCGAGAACUGAAGACCUCUCUAGAGCAUAAAGAACGUCUGAUAGAAGACUACAGUGAACUGGUGGAUGGUCAGAAAGAGCCUGUCGGGAAUAGAGACAACUUCAUCCACAAGCUCAAACAACGCAUUCAGGAAAGAGAUCGAGCACUGGAGAGAGCGAUAGACGAUAAGUUUGCAUACAUGGAACAGAAGGAAGACGAGGUGCAUAAACUGCAACUGCUGCUGAGAGAGAAAGAAAGAGACAUGGAGCAACUUCGAUGUGUGUUGUCCAACAAUGAGGAAACCAUCAUGAGUCUGGAGUUGUUGCUGCGUGGUAAAAGUCUAGAGAUGGAGCAGGUGUGCGAGGCCUGGCGCAAUGCUCAGGGCGUUCAGCGGGAGAGAGAAGAGUCACACAUACGCAGCCUGAGAGAAAGAGACACUUUAAUCAGCCAGCUGCAGACGUCGCUACACACAUGCACCAAAGAGGCAGAGGAGAUGACUGCGGUUCUUCUCAGCAAGGUUUCGGUCGGGCCCGGUGAGGUGGCUGAGGAGCUCAAGUCUCGGCUUCAGCUCAAAGAGCGUUUGUUCCAGGAGCUGCUGUCGGACCGCAGCAGACAGACUCAAGAGCAUCACUCACAAGUCCAAGACCUGCUCAACACUAUCAGUGCAAGAGAGCAGUACAUCAAGGAUUCUGCAGGGCGUGUGGGUCAGGUGAUGGCUGAACAGACUGCUCGAUUGCAGGAGCUGCGUAGGCAACUUGGGUCAGCUAACCCACAGUUGACUGAAGCAGACACACAAACUCUUCAGGACGAGCUCCGACUGACUCUUCGCAGAGAAAGAGAGGCCCAGAACCAGAUUACCACCCUGCAGACCACCCUGGCUUCCCACCAAGACCAACUCAAGACCCAGGCUUCAGAUAUAGAAGCUUUGAGCAGGACUGUGAACAUCAAAGAGGAAAUCAUCAAGGACUUGCAGAUGCAGUUGGUGGAUCCAUCAGAUUUACCGCUGGUAGAGCGACUGACCCAAGAGCUACAGAUGCUGAGAGAGAAGGUGGAACAUCAGGACGCCACCUGCAUUAAUCACAAGGCUGUUUUGGAUCCUCUGGUGUCCAUGGAAACAGGACAGGCAGCUAAAUCCCAUGCUGAUUUUGGAGGUUUUACAUCAGAUGAUGGAGAGGAGGAUGAUGAAGACUGCAAUAGUGAGUUUGCGGACAGUGCAGAAGACGAGGAGCGCUCCAAACUGACAGCUCAGUCUUUGGUCAGCGUGCAGAGCUGUGAUCAGCAUAGAGGUCUUAGGGGCUGCCAGGAUGCAGUAGCUGAGGGUCCAGGGCUGGCGGAGGUCAAGCUUCUGGUGGAGCAGAAGAGGGCAGUCGAGAGAGAACUGAUGGAGCUCAAGUCCCAGUUGGAAAAGGCUGGUUUUUCCUCUCUCUCUCAAAUGAGGAAAGCUUUCUUUACUCUACGCUCUGAAAAUGAAGAGCUCAAGAUUAUGGUGACAGGAAGAAAGCCUCAGAGCGAUGGACAGAAGAGCACUUCAGAUAGAUGCGAUGGACAGCUGGUGGAUACAGUUGGCAUAGAGCCUAAUGAAAGGCAGCCAAUGUGUGACCAGACAGUGCGACUGAAGUCUGACCUUGAGCAGGUCCAGCAGGAGAGCAGAGAGCUUCAAGAGAGACUCAUGGUGUCAGAGGCCACAGUUCAAGCUCAAGCCGAACAACUUAAAGACUACAGAGAACUCCUCACGGAAACAUCAGUACAGCAGGACAAUAAGCAGGUGCAGGUGGACAUCCAGGAUCUGGGCUAUGAGACGUGUGGCCGCAGUGAGAACGAGGCAGAGAGAGAAGACACCAGCAGCCCAGAGUUUGAUGAUCUGGAGCUGUGCACAUCUCUUACAUAUCGUGAUGGAGGCUCUCAGUGGUGGGGUGGGUCCAGCUCACUGAAAUCUGGGAAGACUGAACAUGACGUGACGUACCUGCAGCAGCUGGUAGAGGACUUGCGUGGUCAGCUCUCCCAAUCUCAGGCUUUGAUUCAUAGCUUGCAGGCCCAAAAGUGUGCUCACACUCCAGUCAGCACUACUCGUAAGGUCAACUGGGGCUUGGAUAACUCUGAGGCACAGAGCACAGCUGAGGAGGACGAAGGCUGGCAGUCAUCUGACGGCUUCGGGUCUCUUCCCCGGCAGCCAAAGCAAGACCGAGAGCUGCAGGAGCUCGUCUCCCGUGUGACAUCACUAGAGGAGCAGCUCAGGAAGGGCAAAGGUCAUUCAGAAGAUGGCAAAGCUGUGAACUGGCCAGGGAAGUUUGACACGCUGAUCCAAGCACAGGCCCGUGAACUGUCUCACCUGCGUCAGAGGAUGCGGGAGGGCCGUGGAGUGUGCCACAUUCUGACUCAGCACCUGGGAGACACCACCAAGACCUUUGAAGAGCUGCUGCGCUCCAAUGACAUCGAUUACUACAUGGGACAGAGCUUCAGAGACCAGCUCUCCCAGAGCAUCUCACUCGCUCAGAGAGUCAGCACCAAAAUCAGCGGCCGGGAUCACUCUGAAGUCCCAGAUGACAAAUCAGGCCAUGAGCUGCUCGCAAUACGGCUAAGUAAGGAGCUGCAACAGAAAGACAAGCUCAUCGAGUCGCUACGCUCCAAACUUGACCAGCAGCAACGAUCGGAUACACCUACUAGCAGUCAUGCCUUCUCUGUGGCCACUGACCAAUCGGACAGGACCUCUUUUGUAUCAGAUGACCACGGCUCAACCAAUGAGGAUCUAGAGCUGUGCUCAGAACUAGAUGCUGCCAGCGAAUAUGGCCAAGAGGAGGCAGCAAGAAGUGCCACAGACUCACGUGAUCAUAAAGGCUCAGCCUCAUUACAUCCAUCCAAUCCUCCAUCUAUCACUUCAUCACACAGCCACCAGUCCUCCUCCAACACCUGUCCCAGCAUGCGCUGCACACCACACAGGCCAAUGGAAACCCAGGCACAGACAGGCCUCUCUACUGUACCUCUGUCCAGCUCCAUUUCUUUCUCCACCUCUCUCCACUAUCCUCAAAUGUCUUCUCCACCUGUGUUUGAUCCUCAAACUCCACACUUGAGAACCCGUCACCCUUAUGGUGGGGGAUUUUCACUGGCAGAGGUUCACCAAGAGCUUCAAAUGCUCCAGAGACAGCUUGGAAACAGCUACCAUGGUCCUCAGAUCAAACCCCUUCCUGCGUUUCCACUGGGCUCCCAUACUCAGCCUGACCGUAGCAGCUUACACCCCCUAUCCCAUCAUGCCUUCGAACAGUCACCUUUCAGCAGCCAGCACACCAGUCCCGCUAUGAAAUCAGGGGCAAGCCUUCUGGAAAGCAGUGCAAUGUGGGAUAUGAUGUAUGGCCCAAGACCUUUAAGACCAGGCACGUAUGGAGACUUGUCCUCUGGUUCCUCUGGAUAUCAGUCAGGCCAUACAGGCACAGACUUAAUGGAAGAACACUUAAGGGAGAUCCGCACUCUCAGACAGCGUCUAGAAGACUCUAUCCAGACCAAUGACCGUCUGAGACAACAGCUGGAGGAGAGACUGGCCUCCUCUGGGCGAAACGGAGCAGGGGGAGCGCCCACUAACAUCUAUAUCCAAGGCCUUGAUUCUGUCACUCAACUGUCCAAUGAGAUUCGAGUGCUGAAAGAAGAAAAUCAUGCCCUGCAAACCCAACUCAAGCAGGCCAGGACAGAUGGCAGUAAAGAGAUGGAGCGGCUGAGAGAGGCGGUUCUGUCUGGGCGUGGCCAGUUAAAGCAGGCGGAGCUAGAGGCGGACCAGUGGGCGGAUCAGUGCAGACAGCUACAGUCUCAGGUUAGAGAGCAGGCUCAGGCAGUACUGCAGCUCAGACAAGACAAACAGAACAGUCUGGACAACAGCACCAGGCUACAGCAUGAAGUGAAUGUUCUCCAGCAGCAGCUGAGUGAGUGUCAAUGUCUAGUGCACACGCUGCAGUGUGAACUACAGGUGUAUCAGAGAGUCUGUGGCACUACUGAGAGCAACACAGGCUCAGGAUUGAGUUUGACCUUUGACCUGCGAGAGCGAGAGUCUAACAUACAUUUGUUGGAGCAGCAGCUGAAAGAGAGGCUGGACCAGUGUAUGCCCCGUCCCUCAGCCAGGAAACAGCUCUUCCACGACCAAUCACCAUCUCCUCCUGUUCGAGAUACAGGGUUCUCCAGCCCUGCUUCACCAGCUGUGGAAACAGAUGAGCCAAAGUCUUCUGCUAGUGCUCUGGAGGCUGAGGCCCCUGACGGCUCCUUCGCCUGCAAGACUGGGCGUCAUAUGAUUGGUCACGUGGAUGACUUCAGUGCCCUGCAGCAGCAGCUACUGGAAGGGAAGGCUGUCAUCCGCAAGAUAGAAGCAGCACUGCAGUCCAGCACAGAAACACCUAACCUACCAGAGGGUUAUAUGAGGAACUUGCACACCAGCACUAAGACACUGAAGCAGAUUCUGGAGGAGACAAGCUCUCUCUUAAGAAUGUUCUGGAGGGCAGCUCUGCCCAGCACUGAGGCCUCGGCCCAGCAGCUCAAAAAGGAGCAGGCUUUGAGAAAAGAGGUUGUCACACUGAGGCGUAAGUUAUCAGAACAAGAGCAGCUUCUCAGGGACACGAUGGAGAAUCUAAGGACCUCCAGUCGCACUAAAGACAGCAUGGAGCAAUUCAUUGUCAAUCAAUUGUCAAGAACACGAGAUGUGUUGAAACAAGCUCGCUCAAAUCUAGAGAAGAAUGAACUCAAGAUUGCCUGUCUAGGCUACACCCCUCUCCCUUCAUCCUUCUAUUCGGUACCAUCCACUCCUUCCUGGUCUGAUAGAGGUGAGGUCUCAGGAGCCGCCCUCCAACAUGCCUCCUCUCUUGGUUGGAAUUUCGUGACCCCUCACAUUCAGGAUCAGCACAAAUCAAUGGCAGCCUUGUGGCCAGCACAGGGGAGUGACAGACAGCGCCACCUACAGGUGUCCCGCAGAACAGACUCUAGACUGAGUGCUGCUAUCAGUCACUCAGUUAGAACUAUCAAUUAGCUUUAUUUACUACAUAAGAACCACCAAAACACUCUCAAUGUUGCAUUUGACUAGAUUAGUAUUAUUGAUGUUUGGAUUAGCAUUCAUGUCUUCAACCAAAGUAAAAUUUUAUUGGUUUGCGUUUGGUGUUAGGGUUUAUAUUGAACCAGCAACACAGUUAACGUGCAAUUAUACUGUGCUACCAGCCAGACCUGCUACACUGUAAAUGAAAGUCACCCCAGGGACGAGCUGAAGACCGAUGGUGCAAUAUUCAAUCAGCCUGCUACUGAAGUCUUGAAAUUGGAAUAUCCCAAUAAGAGAGAUGUUUGUUUGUUUUGUGUUAUUGCCAAAGUUUGAGUCUAUUGCUUUUAAUUGCUGCUGUGUUUUGUCACAUUAAACCUAAUGUACAUUUUUUUUUAUUAUUCCUUUAAUUUAAUUUUCUUCCUUUAAUUUUCUUUAUUUUAGUGGGGGUUUUUUUGUGUGUGUGUUUUUUUUUUUAAAUAUACAGCUGUUUUUAUGUUUUUUGAUGUAUCAUUUUCCUGUACAGUAGAGUAUUUUUUUUAAUUACUUUUUGGUUUUGGUCCAAAAAUUGGCAGAAAAAAAAUCUGUUUUAUAUUUCUAUUUUGCUGCAUCAGCUCUUAAUGGACUAUCUUUAUUUUGUUUUAUUGUUUUUGUUUUGUUUUCUUUCAUGUAUUUUAUUUUGUUAUUUGGUUUGGUUUUUGUUUAUUUUUGUUUUGUUUCACUUUUUUUUUCAUUUACUUUGUUACUUUGCUUGUGUUUUGUUUAUUUUUUAUUGUUUUGAUCUUUUUUAUAAUAGGCUUGCAAUGUCUGUAAACUGGUUCCCAUGUGAUAAAAAAGUUUUACUUGUAACAUUAUCUCAAGUUAGAUAACUAUUUUGUCAGACAUUGCAGACAAUUUUGCAAAUUGUAGAUUGUGAGAGACAUAACGCUACACACGCAUAGCUUUACUGUUCUAACUGUAUGUGUGUUUGGAAGUCUGUUGCUCUUGCAUGAACCACCCGAAUUAUGCUGUCAUUUGCAGUAUUUCAGUAUUCCACAAUAGUGCAAGAAGUCCUGGGGUUUCUGCUGUAUAUGUGUAAUGAUCUGGUGCCAUUUUGUUUGCUUUGUAUAUUAUGUAUUAUCUGUUUGCUGCUGUCAUUAGGCCAGGCAUGCACAUGUUGUGAUGACAAAAGAGAGCCAUGGGUCAAUUCAAGUCAACCUUGCACUCAAUGUUCUAUGACAAUCAAAUAAUUCUCAGAGAAGUAUGUAAUUUUGGAAUUUCAUUUGUUUAAAAUAUUGGUAGCAAUGCAAUUUGAAUUUGAAUUUCCCUUUGUAAACUAAUGUAAAUUGAGUUAGGGUUGUUAAUGGGUAAUGCAUGCAUAUUUCAGGUAAAGGUGAUGAGGAAACUCAAAACAAAAAAGGGACAAUUUAAUAAAAAGGGAAUCGUACAUGU